UGAAACUCAAGUUCUCUAAGAUGGGCGCGGCUGAGAAACCUGAGAAAACGAUGUCACUGUCGGAGAGGAGGGUAUUUUUGGGAAGAAAUUGGAAGAGAUUGGAUGUUGUCAAAGCCUCCACGUUUUUCUUCGUACAUUUUCUCUGUCUCUUGGCACCAUUUCACUUCAACCGCCGAGCUCUUCGGCUAGCUCUCGUGGUCUGCACGGUGGGCGGACUCGGUAUCAUGGCCUCAUACCGCGGGAACUUGGCUCACCGAAGCUUCAAGCUUCCGAAAUGGCUCGAGUAUUUGUUUGCUUACUGCGGCCUUUUAGCUCUUCAGGGAGAUCCAAUCGACUGGGUGAGCAUUCAUCGGUUCACCGAUACCGACCGUGACCCGGAUAGCCCUAUCGAAGGGUUUUGGUUCAGCCACAUUCCAUGGCUAUUCGACGCUGCUUAUUGUGGGAGGCGCAGCAACGUAGAGGACUUGAAGCGGCAGUGGUUCUAUAGGUUUCUUCGGAGAACGGUCAUAUUCCACGUUUUAGGGUUUGGUGUUCUCCUCUAUUCGUGGGGCGGUUUCCCCUUCCUUGCAUGGGGAAUGGGUGCCGGGAUAGUCCUCGAGUAUCACGUGACUUAUCUUAUAAACUCACUUUGUCAUGUUCCGGGCAAUCGUCCUUGGAGGACUCCCAACGUUUGUUCAUUUAACCCGUCAAAAGUUCACGAGCCACGCCUGAUGAAAAACGCAAGGCUAAGCUCACGGUCAGAAGAAGGGGAAGAUUACAGUAUGGGAAAGACGUCGUUGAAUGAAAAGAUGAUCAGAAAGAGGAGACCUUACUUCCGAAGACAGUGGAAGCGGAUCGAUGUUAUAAGGACAAUGACGGUCGGGUCUUCGCAUUUGCUUUGUCUCUUGGCGCCAUUUCAUUUCACAUGGGAAGCCCUCAGGCUCAGUUUGAUACUUUACCCUGUGGCUUCGCUCGGCAUUACGCUGUCUUACCAUAGGAACUUGGCUCACCGAAGCUUCAAGCUCCCAAAAUGGCUCGAGUAUCUCUUCGCUUAUAUCGGCCUUUUCGCCCUUCAGGGUGAUCCAAUCGAUUGGGUUAGCAUCCAUCGUUUCCAUCACCAGUUCACUGAUUCGGAACGUGAUCCACAUAGUCCGCUCGAAGGAUUCUGGUUCAGCCAUUUCAUAUGGAUAUUUGACACCGAGUACAUAAGAGAAAAGUGUGGAGGGCGUAACAACGUGGGGGACUUGAAGCAGCAAUGGUUCUACAGAUUCCUUCAAAGGACCCUUGGUCUCCACGUGUUAGGGUUUUCGACCAUCCUAUAUUUUUGGGGUGGGUUUCCCUGCGUUGCAUGGGGCAUGGGCGUCGAUGUCACGUUCGGAUACCACACGACUUGGCUGAUAAACUCAGCAUGCCAUAUUUGGGGAUCCCGAGCUUGGAAGACCAACGACACCUCUCGCAACGUUUGGUGGCUGAGCGUAUUCUCGUCCGGCGAAAGUUGGCACAACAAUCACCACGCAUUUGGGUCAUCGGCCAGGCAUGGCCUCGAGUGGUGGCAGAUAGACUUCACUUGGUACGUCAUUAGAUUCCUCGAGGCUGUCGGAUUGGCCACCGACGUGAAGCUCCCGACCGAGUCCCAGAAACAGAGGAUGGCUCUAAUUCAUUGAACAUGCAAAAUAUUUGUCUGAUUUCGAUCCCAUUCUCAUCCUUAUAGUACCAGUUUAAAAUUUACGUGUUAUGCAAACGAUAUUUGAUGUUUUAAUGACGUAAGAUAUAGAAUCAAUAAACUGACUGAGUCAGACGUCAAUAAAGAUAUUUAUUACAUGGAGUACAAUUCAUAUGGUUACUCCCUUUGUUUUUUA